AUUGGGUCAGACCAGGACCACCGUCACCGCGUGUUGGUCGCCGCCGCUAAGAACAUCAAGAACUGGUUCGUGAAGGUGCGCAAGAUCAAGGCUAUCUACCACACGCUGAACCUGUUCAACUUGGAUGUCACGCAGAAGUGUCUCAUCGCUGAGUGCUGGGUGCCCGCGCUGGACCUGGAGACUAUACAGCUGGCUCUGAGGAGGGGAACGGAACGCAGCGGCAGCUCGGUGCCUCCGAUCUUGAACCGCAUGGAAACGCUCGAGGACCCGCCGACGUACAACCGUAACAACAAGUUCACGUCCGCCUUCCAGAACCUCAUCUACGCUUAUGGUGUGGCCACAUACAGAGAAGUCAACCCUGGUAUGUACAUCAUAUAUACAUCAAUCUUCAUAGCUUUAGACAGAAAGGGGUGUCUCGUCAACAGUAAUUAAUGUCUCGGAUUAAUG